GGCGAUUUUCGCUCCACCACCUACUUCCUUCAGAAUCAUCAUCACCAUCACCAUCACCAAGAAUUGCAAUUGCUGACAACUGCUCUGAGACAAAAUACACCUUCACACUCACCACUUUCACAUAGUCUUCUUUUGCAAUGGCUGAUCGUUACUCUUUUUCAUUGACCACUUUCUCUCCAAGUGGUAAAUUAGUUCAAAUUGAAUAUGCUUUAAACGCUGUGAACCAAGGUGUCAUUGCUUUGGGAAUCAAAGCAACCAACGGUGUUGUAUUAGCCACCGAAAAGAAAUCUAAUUCCUCAUUAAUCAAAUUAGAUUCGUUUUCCAAAAUUGAAUUGUUAACGCCAGAUAUUGGUGUUACCUAUGCUGGUAUGUCUCCAGAUUUCAGAGUCCUUGUUGACAAAUCAAGAAAAUUGGCUCACACAAACUACAAAAGAAUCUUUAACGAGUAUCCUCCUGUUAAAAUUUUGACGUCUGAUAUCGCUAAAACCAUGCAAGAAGCUACUCAAAGUGGUGGUGUAAGACCUUUUGGUGUCUCCCUUUUGGUCGCUGGUUAUGAUGAUUCCAGUAAUACUAUAAAUCCAGACAACGAUAGUAGUGCCAGUAACACUAAAUCCGGUUACAAUUUAUAUCAAGUCGAUCCUUCGGGCUCUUUUUUUGCUUGGAAGGCUACUGCUAUUGGUAAAAAUGCCAAUAGUGCAAAAACAUUUUUAGAGAAAAGAUACAACCCAGAAUUAGAAUUAGAAGAUGCCAUACAUAUUGCUUUGUUGACUCUCAAAGAAUCAAUUGAAGGUGACUUAAAUGGUAAUACAAUCGAAAUUGCAAUAGUUGGUGAAGCAAACGAUAAUCUUUUGGGAUUUAGAGGUAGUUCUGAUGUAUCCGGUCCAAGAUUCAAAAAAUUAUCUCCAAAAGAAAUAGACGAUAGAUUAAGUGAAUUAUAAGAAUUAUCAUGAAUAUCAUAAAUAUCAUAAUUAUAAAUAUUGUGGAAACUAAAUAAUUUAUAAUCAAUAUACAGUUAUAUAUCUUUUCUUUAUUAUUUUGAUGAUUCAUAUUAACCUUUUUUUCUUUUUUCUUUUUUCUUUUUUC